CGAGGAUGGGCAACAAAUUGGUCGCAGUACGCGAGCGCCGUCGCGUCAACUCGACGGCGAAGCGUUCGUCCAAAAGCGCCAAGUCGAUUUCCCUGGACGGGAAGAAGCCCCCGCUUACGUUUGGGAAGGACCCGACGUUGAAGCGCGAAGACUACAUCGUGGCAAAGCAGAUCAACUCGACAAUCGUGAAGCGCCCAGGCACCGUCAACGGGCAGCAGUUUCUCAUCGAGGACUGCCGCCACACGAACGUGUUUGUGCUCGACCACUGCACGUCCGUCCAAAUCGACGAGUGCCACGACUGUACUGUUUUCAUCGGACCGUGCAUGGCCAGCCUCUUUUUGCGGAACUGCACCAGCACGACCGUCGUUUGUGUCGUGCAGCAGUUCCGCACGCGCGACUGUGAUAACAUGGACAUUGCCCUGUUUUGCACGACAGCGCCGAUUAUCGAGUCGUCCAGACGGCUUCGCAUUCGGCCCUUUGCGAGUGCGUACAUGGGAUUGCAGCACCAACUCGAUGCUGCCAAAUUUAGCGUGUGGGACAACAAGUGGAGCGAGAUCUUCGACUUCACCCCAAAUGGAAGCGAUGGCAACUGGGGCAUUGGCACGCCUGGCCCGAGUGAUGUGCUGGCUAAAUUGCCACCGGAAGUUAUCGCAGAGGUGGGGUACACUGAGGACAGCAGUAUUGUGCCAUUCGUGCAUGGACUACUUGCUCGUGUUCCAAACAACGUCGUCUUCGUCUGUGUGUCGACGGGCAGUUCGGAAGUGGCGCUGCAGCUGAUUGAAGCGGCGCUCGCAGCGGGGGACGCCGCGCCGAAGCUCAUUCAAACGAGGAAAUUCCGUAUCUCCCCUGCACAAGCCAAGUCGUUGUUUGGGGCGCAAGCCACAAUUCACAUCAAGAAUGCGGUGGAAAAGGGCAAUACCGGGAUCAUCGCCAUGGAAUGGGCAACCACAGAGGAAGUCGUUCGCGCCCUUGUCGCUCACGAAUCCUUUCAGCACUACGCAGCGGCCUUGUACGUGGAGGCAGGCAGUGGCGCCGCCGCCAAGAUCGACCUCUGCUGGAAUGAGUGGAAAGAAGUCAUUUGAUCGGCCAACUUCGCUGCUUGGAUGGAUCCAAUUUCGAAAGUGGCGGAAAUCCAUGGAAUAUUCAUUGAUUGGUUUAUAAAUGCUUAAUUGCAACCAAUCAAAACUUGAUUCUGACAACAGGAA